AUGGAGGAUUACAUCGGUAGUAUAAUUGUAGCAGCUGAUAUCGAUAAGUUGGAAGAAAAGAUUGAUAGCAAAGAAAUCAUAAAAGGUCAAGAAGAAAUAUGCCAAUUUACCAAGGAUAUUCUUAAAGUCAUGGCCAAAUCCUAUAUGAAAAGGCCCUCCUUGUCACACUCAGAAAUUGUAUAUAAUACAAACAUGGUCUUUCCUUGUUUGCAGGCAAUAGCCACUAUGAUGAAGAAGAGUGAAUACAUGCCAUAUUUCGUUCCUGGCGAAGAAGAACUUGUUGCUAUGACGGUACAGUUGAAGGAAAUGGGAUAUAAAGAAGACAAGCGAAAGAUUUACAGGGCUGACGGUGUUUUGCGUUUAGCAAAAUUCAGCGAUUUGGAAGUCCUUGUUCUUGAAACAGCAGGUGCUUUUGGGUAUAAUGACAAGGCCAAGAUAGCAUUUGAUAAUUCGAAGGGAAUGUUUGCAUUGUUAGCGAUGUUAAAAACAGUAGCUGACACAUUCAAAUACGCUUCUGCUGACGAGUUCAGAAAAUUGAAACUUUACCUCGUUCAGCCUAGUGGUAAGCAAUAG